AUGCAGCGAGACGAUCGCUCUCGGGACCCCGAGGGCUCUGGUUCUCGUCGCCGGUGGUACGAGUCUCGCGAUCGCGAUCUUACUCCAAGAGCUGGAGAUCAGGGAGACUCACCACACUCACGCUCGUACUCGCGUCAGCAACCGCCAUACCAACAACAACAACCACAAUCGCCAACGCAGCAACGACAGUAUGAUCCUCAAAGACAGGAUCAAUUCCAAAUAUAUCAACAGUCACCACAGCAAAACUCGGUAUCUACACCACGACCACAGCAGUAUCAGUAUCAGUAUCCGUAUCAAAACCAGUAUCAUCAACAGCAGCAGCCCUACUACAGCGCGCCGUCUCAAUCGAUGCCUGGUUAUAAUAGUCCUUACCAGCAACAACAGAACCCGCAACGGCCGCAAACACCUUCGAGUGUCUUUUCAUCCUCCAGCGACACAUCAACGUCGCUGCUAGAUAUCUCACGAUUCAAGGAUACGAAGGAGUAUGGUGGCCUACUUGGCACAUUUUUUAAGGCGCCCUCGGAGCGUGUUAAACAGCGUCUCCACCGAAAGAAAAGUAAGAAGCGCCGUGUACUUUACUUUGGCAACUCUUCUUCUUCUUCCGUAAACUCUGAUUUGGCUUAUGGAAACGGCUAUGUGCGACAACCUAAGAGUCGUACCUUAAGCCCCCGAAGUCAAAGUCGUGUUUCUGGCCAGGGUUACGGAUCUGCCGCCGGCGUCGGCCCUGGCCCUAGCAAUGGACGGCGACGUAGCUCUGGAGGGUCUGAUCGUGCUGCGCGUUUAACCCCUAAGAAAAAGAAGACUGCCGAUGAGGAGAUCAUGGCUCUUGGCCAGCAGCUCUCUAAUCUGGCACGUUUAUCCAAGGAGGAUGAGCAGCGUCAGGCGCGCAAGGCAUCAGGUAAGGGUAAAGGUAAAGCGGCCGCCUUAGGACUUGCAGCUGGCGCCGCCGGCGCCGCUAUGGCUUCUCAAUAUGGCCAAGAGAAGAAUGGUAGGAUGGUAAAUGGCUUGAAGCAGCGUGUCCAGUCUUCAGAUGAUGAAGAUGAGUGGGAAGAUGCUUCCGAAGACGAAGACGAUGACUCUUCAAGCAGCGAUGGUGCUGGUUCAGCUGCCGACUCGGAGCUUGCCUAUGGGACCGUUGCAGAGUCCAUCAAGCCUGCACUCGGUGCUGCAGCAGCUGCUGGAAGCGCCGCCGCCGCCGCAGGCAUGGCAGGCCCCCGAAGACAAUCUGGUUACGGCUACGACUCGUCGCCAGAGUAUCGGAGGCAUGGCGAUAGGGGCUCUGUCGUCGACCCUCGUCUUUUUGGACCCUACAACUCGCUGCGAGGCUCAAUUAACACACCGUGUGGGUUCCGAAACGAUGACGAAGCUGUGGCAUACCGUCGUGAUUCAGCCAAUUUUGGAAACGGGACACCCAUUCACAUGCGAGAUAUGCAUUCUGAUCCUAACCGUUACGAUGGAGAGCGGUUUUCGGCACCUAUCGCACAACAAGAUCCGUCAGCCCGACCCGCCCCGGUCCCCUUGCAACAACCGGUCCCCAAAACUCCCAUAUCUUCAAAGGUCUAUGAUGCUGUGAAGGUUGAUGGUGCAAACCGCAGAAGCCAUAGUCAGCGACGAUCUGAACAACCUGAGGAGAAAGACUGGAGCGGAGUCGCCACCGGUGGUCUUGCGGCGGCAGCAGCAGCAGCAGCAGCAGCUGGCGUGGCCAUGACCACUUCGUCGAAGAAGGAUAGUCGUGAGCAUCGUGACGAACAGCAGCGUGACCGCGACGAUCGAGAGAAUCAACGCCGAAUCGACCGGGACCGCCAGAGAGCUCUGGAACUUGAAGAGCAAAAGCUUAGAGAGCUUGAGCGUCAAAAAUUGCGAGAACAACACAGGGCGCAAAAUCCCGAAAGCGAGGCAGACCGACACGAGCGAUUGGAGAAGGAACGUGCACGAAAUAUGAAGUGGGAACGUGAAUACCGCGAAAUGGAACCCGAGGCUAUUAUUCCCAAUUAUAAUAAUGAGCGAAAAUCUUCACGAUAUAAUGACGAUACCCCCAAGGAUAGAAGUGAGAAGAAGGAGAAGAGUAAUGUCGAUGUAGUGGUUGCCCCCAAAUCGGACCAGAACGAGGGGAGACCAUUCGGGAUCCAGUACGGUCCAGAGUUCCAGCUUGAGCGCGAGCCCACAGUCCAGGCUGGGACCAGCGAGCGCAAGGCCACACGAAAUGGUCGCGACCUUCCUCUAGCGACUGGUGCAGGCCAUCGGGCUGUGACGGAGUCGGCCAAGUCCGCACACCAAGAUAUUGAUCCUUUCCAAUAUCAGGUUUCAGACGACGCUUUUACCAUGUCUCAAACUACUACCCCCGGACGACCCCUUACACCUAAUGUAGUUACUAUUGAGCGCGAGCCCAACUUUGACGACUCUCCGCCAAGAGAUUCAGCCGCCGAUGUUCGACUCAGCCGCCGCGACUCCUUCGAGAUUCAGCGCAUGGUUGAAGACUACCGGGAGUCACAAGGCGCAUCGCAACGCCGCGACCCCCGAAAUGGCCAUGAGUAUGAGGAGGAGGAGCACAAGGCUAGGUCGAUUCUCGACGAGGCCAAGCACGCCACUAUUCCUGUAGCAGCGGCUGCAGUCGCAUCCGCAGUAGCAGUUGAAAAUGAGCGAUCGCAAGAGCGGCGAAAGGGUCGUUACUCGGAAGACAGUUCUCAGGACACCUCGCGAAGACGCAAAGAUGUUGUUCAGGAGGAGGCAGAUCGAUACUACCGCGAGACUAAUAUCGCCCGAAAAAUUGCUUCUGAUGAGAUGCGAUCACGCAGCGCUUCACCCGAGCGAUCCGUGGUUGACAGGUGGCAAGAGAGCAAGAACGAAUCGUUCAGUAUUGUUACACCGCCAGUCAUGGAGGACAAGCACCCGGAGAAGAACAUCUAUGAAGGUCCUGAUGCGGAUGUGAAAAUCGACAACAAGAUUCAUCCUCGAGAAGAACACCAGUACCGCAACCCUGACGAAAACCCUUCAAGAAGGAACGUUUCGCGAGAGCGCCCGCUUUUGAACUUGAUCUACCCUACCCCUGCCGUGAGCCGCCAGCAUACACCGGCCCCCGAGGCGCGAAAGGAGCCAGAGGUUACUGAAGUUGUUGCCAAACCCGAAGAUUUCAGUAUCGGACCCAAAGGCGAGAUCAUCUCUGUUAGCGAGCCAGCUUCUGCGGCCAAGUCCGUAAGCUGGGGAGAGAAUGAGACCAAGCGCUUCGAUGCCGAUAGCCCUGAGAAGAGUGACAAUGACAACUAUUUCCCUUCUGAGAAGGCUGUCGAGAAAUCUCGACCCAAGCUGAACAAGGCAAGCCGCUGGGGUAUUCUUGCUGCUGCACUGGCAGGUAGCAGUGCUGAGCCACAGAACGAGCCUGACGUCGAAGUCGACCCAAAACAAACCGAAAUGCCAGGAGGUUACUCAUACUCUGAUGCAGGAAGCAGCGAUGUUUCUAUUCGACGGGCUGAAUUCUAUGUUGAUGACAUGAACAGCUUUCCUCCCGUUGUCGGCACUAAGCCUGCAAGCCCACAGCAAAUGCCUGGUCGCUUUGCGGAUGACUUUGAGUUUGCCGCUACACUUGCUGCUGGAUUGAAGGACACUGGAUUCAACCCUGAUAUUGUUAUCGAUGAUCCUUCUUACAGUCGACGUGACUCCCCUCCAGGUGUCCAGGAAGCAAAUGGUGAUUCCCACAGCGGAUCAAACGGCAACGCCUGGUAUAAGCGACCUUAUGCUGAGGUUGCCCCGGAACCUGUCGAUGCCCCAAAGCUUUUGCCCGAGCGAGGAUUUGUCCUUGGAGAGGUCGAGACUCCUCAGGAAAAGACAGCUCUGCCCUACGAGAGCGAGCGCAACAUCAGAUCAGAUGCACCAAAGCCCGAAGAUGUGCCACUUCCCAACAACCAAUCUGACAGUCCAAGGCCCAGUAAACAAGAACAGCGCAAGCGAGAAAAGUCUGAUGUUGUUGUCGUUCAAGACGAUGGGAAAAUUGAGACUGGCAGGGCCGAGCCCGAACCCUCUCGUGAAGCAGGCGAGGCGGUAUGGGAAGAUAUCUCCCGCAAGAAGAGUAACAAGGGUCGCAAGAAGGAUCGCAAGGGCCGUGACUUUGAAGAUGAGUGGAGUCCCAGUGUCUCAGCUCCUGCUCCAUAUGAGUCGAGAUCAGACUAUGAUCGGAGCAUUUCUCAGGACCAAGGUCGCGACCAUGACAUCAGUGUAUCUGAUGUUGCCAAGGUAGCUGUGCCUGCUGCCCUUGCCCUAGGUGCCAUUGCCUCUGGUUCAAGAGACGCCUCUUCUCGUGAUAUUCGCACUGAUAUGAGUGAUUCUCCCGCGGAGUUACGCAAGCAGCCGAAUGACGACUACUACUACGAUGGCGACAGAUCUCGUGUCUCUGCACCUGCGGAGCCUUCUCAUCACCGACAUUCGUCUAGGGACGUUGCAUCCUUGGAUAUCCGAUCAGACGACGAGCACAAUUCUUCCAAACACUUAAGAAAACACAAGAAAGAUCGUGAGUCGCGAGACGAAGGUAGAUAUCGGGAGUCUUCGACCUUGGAACCCAACGAUCGACGAUCAUCGAGGAGAGAGUCGUCGAGGGAUCGUUCGAGGGAUCGCUCAAGACAUCGGUCAAGCGACCGCAGAUCUAGAGACCAUUCGAGAGACCACAGAUCCAGAGAUCGUUCAAGAGACCGCCGUUCUAGAGACCACCGCUCAAAAGAUCGGUCAAGAGAUAGAACAAGAGAUAGGUCGAGAGACAGGACCAGGGACAGUUCAAGAGAUAGGUCUCAUCGCAGAAGAUCUGAUGACGAGGAAGAGAGACCCAAGAGAUCGAAGCGCCAUCCCUAUGAAUAUGACUCGCCCACCCAAUCAAUGGCGGCCUCUGAAAUCUCUGUUGCCAGUUCUAGCAGCAAGAGAAGCAAGAAGUCCAAGCGAAGAAAUGACGCUGGAGAUGAUUACAACGACUCAAGAGACAGCCCAUCACACCGCAGGCACGAGUCUUUCGAUGACAGGGAUGCAAGCUCUGUUGUCUCUGAGUCGCGUGGACACCGACGAACACCGUCUCGGUAUGACGAUGACGAUGCGAAGUCUGUUUCGUCUGUGCCCGGCUCAUCCCGUCGUGAGAAGGACUACAAGGAACGUAGAACACCAGAGAAGCGACCAAGCACCAGCGUCCUUUCCGGCCUCUUCAAACCACGCAAGGAUAAGAAGGAUUCUUUUUUAGGUAAUGCCGACACCCUUGGCGCGGGUGUCGGCUUAGCGACUGCAGCAGACAUUUAUGCAUCUGAUGCCACUCGCUCUAACGCCGCUGAUGCCCCAUCAGACCGAGAGCCUUCUGCCUCUGGUGAUGGGCUACGCCAUGUGCGAAGCUUCGAAUUGGUAGACCCUGAGGUCAUACCGCGUGUCAUCAAACCAGCUAUUGACCCUCAAUAUGGCGACCUUCUCCCUCUACCCCCUAGUGAACCUUCUAGCCCAACUUCUUCUGUUUCCGGCGAACUACCCCCUCUUCCUGAUAGUCGACCUGAUACUCCUCCUGAGGAGCGCGGUGCCCGCCGAGAACCUUGGCCCCAGCAGCGUCGCCGCAGUAUUUUCGAGACGCCUAUGAAAUCCCCCAGCCGUACCGCUGUUCCUAUCGCACUCCGCCUAGGUAACAGAUCAUCAAAUCCUGCCUCCCCUGUGAGCUACAGGGCUUCUCCGGCUAGCUCCCCUAUUAUAUCGCACUCGGACGCGGUGGUCAUGUCAAGACGACAAGCUCGACCUACCUCUUGGGACAACAGCCGUGAAUUCAUGCCUCUGUAUCUCCUUGAACAAUCGCGACACCCAGCACCCACAACAGGAUCUGUACUUCCUGCGCUGCCACCUAGUGAGCCCAGCGAGACUUCUGCGAGAAACUCACCCGAAUCUGAAUUCCUCAAACAGAACGAUGAUUACUUCGGCGAAGACCCCGAGUAUGCUGGACCUGAUCUGCGCGUUGACACUGUUCUCUCUGAGCAGCAAAAGGACUCUGAUGCCGAAUCACAACAGACGACCCCUCGUGCCGAAUUUAUGCCUGUGCUUCCAGAGCCAACACCUUCUGUCCCUUCCAAUGAGCCAACCCCUGGCCUGUCAGAGCCUAAACUCCCAGAACCUACGCCUACUGCAGCUCCUGACCCGCCCACACCAUCUCUGGCAACCCCUAUGGAGUCUGGUAGCAGGGAUGUGGCUAGUGAUGAGCGCUCUGCACCUCCUUUCGAUGCUGCUGCCAUCGCUGUUCCUGUCGGCUUGGGCGCCAGUGCUGGUUUAGCUGCUGCUGCCCUUAUUCAAGUCAGGGACCGUGCCGAACCGCCUGCAGAGAAGCCGGAUGAUCUCACCUCUGCCGACGAGCACUUUUCCGAUGCUGUUGUUGGUCCUUCUGAACCGACUUCACCCGGAGAAAAUAUUUCUCGAUCACUCUCAUUUGCCAUGGACAGAGAGCCUACUUCUGAAUCCAUUGCCAAGUCUCCUUACGAGCCUUCUUCCGAAACUACAACUGGAGCUUUCACUACCCCUGUCAACGAGCUCGUCGCUGAUGGGCUUUCUGAUGUGACGUCUCAUGCUGAGCUUGCUGCCAAAAGGACAGUUGCGGAAGAAGCAGAGGAUCAGGCCGCCAAAGACAUUUCUGACGUCGUUGAUGCUGCUCAAUCGCCUUCCACUAUUCCGAUCAAUGAGCACACAACUGAGGAGCGUGUUCAUGCCAAGCCCGACACCGACCCUGCAAAUGAGGCGGCUAAAGAGAUUGAGGAGCCUUUAACCAAGGAGGUCGGUCUCAUUGAUAAGAGCGCGACCGAACCUAUUAUCAUUCCCGUCGAUGAGCGUGCUACCGAAGUGCCCGCAACUGUCAAGCCCGAUACUGAGCUUACAGCCGAAGAGACAAUGGACAAUCAGGCAGAGGGACAGGUAGCUAGAGACAUUCGCAAUGUUGGCGAAACUGCAAAGGGGACUGUCGUCACCCCUGUCAGUGAGCCUACUGUUCACGAGCCUUUGAAUGCGCCAUCAAACGCCGAGCUUCUGGCUGAGAAGGCAAACGAAAAGAUCAUCACCGCUGCUGAUGUCAUUGAUACUUCGACUGAAACCUUUACUGCUCCUGCUAAUGAGCCUACUAUCGAAGAGUCCACCGUUCAAGAGCCUCUGAAUGACACAACAAACGAAAAGGUCCCUGACACUACGACUGAUGCCAUCGGCCAUUCGACCAAAUCCGUUGUUGUUCCUGCUAAUGAGCCUACUGCUGAAGAGCCUACCAAUAUUAAAUAUGGUGCCGAACCUGUAGUUGACGAGGCAACAGCCAAAGAAUCGGAGGAUCAAGCUGUCACCGAAGCCGAGACUGCUACACAAGCCGAAGCGGAAGAGGUUGCUAAGGAAGAGGAGGAAAUAGCUGCUCUCAAAUCCAAGAAGGCCAAGAAGCUCACAAAGGCUGAAAAGACUCGCUUGAUGACCUUGAUUUCCCACUCAGUCAAACGAGCUCAAGCAAAGGCUGCCGAAACUACCCCUGGGCCAGAUACAAAGUCAAUCGCGGAGCCUUCUGUGGAGGAACCUGUAGUUGAGGAGUGUGCCGAGACACAGGAGUCUACUAUUGAAGACGGCACCACAUCAGCCAAGGACCUAGUUCCCGAGGCUCCUGAAAACAUUCAAGAACCUGAGUCCACCAAGCAGAUCAUCGAACCUACUCCGAUCGACAUGGCGGCCGAGGAACCUUCUCGGGAUCUCACAACAGAGCCUAUGAUUGAGGAUGUUACCACAGUCGCCCCUGAAUCUUCACCACAGCCAACCAAAGAGCUAGUCGCCGAGCCUUGGGCAGAUUUUAUUCCCGAAGCAGUUGAACCUGCUGACGAAUUGGAGAACGAAGCAGCCGGUCAGGGUGCCGUCGACCUUCCCAAGUCUAGCGAUGAGCCAGAUACCAUGCCCCAGCGUGAACUGGUUGUCGAGAAUGUCUCGGUCACUGAGCCUAGGAUCGAAAACACGAAAGAAGAGACCGAGGACCUUGGUCGCGAAACUGAUAACACCUCCAUGGCACUUGCUCCCGAUACUAUUGAAGAACCUCAAACGGCUCCAUCUGUCGAUGUCCCUACUGAAACUACUGCUGAAGCUGUCGAACCCGCUGAGGUGAAGCCAGAGCAACCUGUGGCUGAGCGUGCAGUGAAUGAGAUCACCACCGAAGAGUGGGACAACAUGAAUGCCAAGGACAGAAAGAACAUGAAGAAAAAGCUCAAGAAGCAGGGACUAGAACCAAUUAUUCAAGACUCAUUCGAUUUUCCAGCUCCUGUUGACGACUUGAGCAAGGACGACCAGCCCUCCCUGAGUAAUGGGGUCAAUGCGGACGAUAAAGCUUCGACAUCGAAGUUAGUUACGGCUGAACCCGAAACCCGAGCCCCAUUUGUAUCCGAGCUCGUUCCUGAAGCUUUUGCCGAGCCAUCUAUUGUUGCGGAAGCUGAAGGCGUCCAAGAGCCUGCUGUCUUCCAAGGAGAAGAGCACGUGAGUAUAGUGCCUGAAGAGGUAUCUCACCCAAUAGAAGACGAUGUCUUACCUGUCAACAAAGAGUUGGCCAUCCAGCCAGAAGCGGAAAGCACAGAGAAGGAGCCAGAAGUCUACUUUAAACCUGCAGCACCCAUAGCUGAGCAUGAGCCUGCCCCUGAAUUGUCCGCUACAGCCCCUACUGUCACAGAGCCUCUGCCUGGCGCCACUCCCGAAGAGAAGGCUGCUGAGGAGUUGCCUGAGUCUCCGUCCAAGAGCAAGAAGAAGAAGAAGAUUAGGACUCAGCAACCACCUCAGGAGGAACCUACGCCCGUGGAACCCACUACUGUCCUGGCCGAGGAUACAACCAUAGAUUCUGCUCCAACCCCUCAAGCUGAAAAGGAGGCCUUUAAUGCUUGGACUGAUCCGGUUGUCUCUAUCGAAACUCCCGCUGCUACCCCUGUCGACUUGCCCGUUGAACAAUCCUCGACUGCUGUGGAGGACCCCUUACAACCUUCUACGGAGCUGUCCCAGGACGCCCCUGUGGAAUCUUCUGUUGAUGCAGAUACUGUUGAUGCAGAUACUUUUGAUGCUUGGGCCCAACCUGACACUGUUGCGAAUACUGAUGUUCCUGACCAAGAGCAAGACAAGCAUGCUAAGACUGCUGAACAGCUUUCCGAACUGUCCAACGCGCCAAUGCAAGAAGACGCCGUUUCUUCCAAGUCGAAAAAGAACAAAAAGAAGAAGAAGGGCACCAAAACAGAUGAUGAGCCAGUGACUGAGCCUCAGGAUAGCAAGUCACAAGGCAAGUCUCUUGAGGAACCUGAGAAGGCAACAUACGAUUUGACUGAACCAUCCGUCCCGGCAGCCGAUACAAAGCCUGAGACCAUCGAUAACGCUCAAGCCGACGAAGCUACAUCAUCAAAGUCUGCUGUGUCAACCCCCAAGCAUGAUGGUGUGCUCGCUGCACCAGUACCUAACAGUCGAGAACUUGAUGAUCUGGAUGAUGUCCCCUAUUCCCCCUCUUCUGGUAAUCAAUCCCCUUCCACCGGUGAUGUUCGGAAAGAUCGACAAGGUUACUUUCCUUCUUCCCUUCGCACAUUCCCUGGCGCUGCAGGAAUUUCGGCCUUCAAGAGAAUGUGGGGAUUCCAAGAUCAAGCAAGAGCGCAAAACCGCAUGCGUGAAGCUCUACCUGACGUUGCCAGGCCCAGUAGUGAGACCCAGCCUGAUACUGUAAGCGCUGAGAAGUCGAAGGUCGCCGAGGCGAAGCCUGGUGUUCCUAUCGUUGAAGUGGACAGCGACAAGGCUGCUGCCAACAAGCUCCUGACUUCGUCUGAUUCUCAUAUCUCUGAGCCACUUUUCUCUCAAGGGGAUGCGCUUGUAGAGGAAUCGCAAGCAACAACCAUUGAACUGGAACCUUCCCAAGGCGCUGAGCCGCAGAAUGCCACCGUGCAUGUCAGCGACGACGUUCCUGAUAAGGGUAGAUCUACAGCUGUCGAACAGCCUGUGGUGAAGACGGAGGAUGAGCCAGUAAGGCCAACUGAAAUCGCACUUGAAGCACCCCGCGAAAUCCUCGAUGGAGCAAUCGAAGGUGAGGAUGUGAAAUCUGUCGAGAACCCAUCGAUCGAGAUAAUUUCCAACACAACACCAGCUGUCGAGGGCAAAUCUGAUGAUACUGCCGAGGAUAAACCUAUGGAGAUGACAAAUGACGAUGUCGAGAAGCCUGCUGAAGCCAAGCCUGAACUGGUCACCGAAGAAGAGCCAGACAAGACUGCUGAGGCCGAGGACACAAAGACUGCCGAGGAAGCUACAGGAGAUAACACUGAGGCCGACGCAUCUGGUUCUAAGAAGAUGGCGAAGAAGAACAAAAAGAAGAAGAAGAACCAAGCCGGCCAAGACGAGACUACCGAGCACGAGAACGAUUCAGCUCAACAAGACCAAGCGAUUCAGGAACCCCCCAUUGAGGAAGUUAUACAUGUGUCGAAUGGUGUAGACAACCAGGCCUUGGCCUCGGAAUCGGUGGCAGAAGCUUCUCGCGACAUUCCAGAGGAACUCAGUGCUGCGGAGCCUGGAGCAAAGUCAGACGACACAACGGAAGGCAAAGUUGUUGACGCUCAACCUGAAGUCAAGCCAGAAAUUAAGGGAAAAUCAACUGGAACAGAGGCUUUGAACCGAUCGCAAACCGACGACAAACCAGUUGAAGGUGAGGCAAAGGAAGAAGACAAGAUCGACGACGAGCCAACCCAAAUUCAGUCCAAGGAAGAGCCGCCCAUGAGUGAGAAGCCCGAAAAUACACCCGAGGCCCAGCCUGAAGAAAACCCAGAAGAUAAGCUCCAAGGCAGUGAUCAAUUACCUGAAGCCGAGGCCACCAAACAGCCACAGAACGAUCACAAGCUGAUGGAACCUGAAAAUCAAGCGUCAUCUGAGACUAACCAUAGCGCUGCUCAAGCUGAAGACGGACCCACCAACCCUGAAGCUCAGUUGUUGCCACAAAUUGAUGACAAGUCUCAAGUCGAAGCAGAGGAAUCGCAGCAGAUGGAUGGCAAACCCAUCGAAUCUCAUGCACAGGAGACAUUGCACACUGAUGACAAGACGGCCGAGAAUGAAACUAAGGAGUCUGAUUCCGACGUUAAAUUACCACAAGCCGAGGCUCUAAAAGAAAACGACAAACUAGUUCAGCCUGAGGUUGUGGAACAAACCCAGACUGAUGACAAGCCCACGCAAGUCGAGGUUAUUGACGACAACACAGUUGGUUCUGAAGCCAAGUACCCGUCUUCCAGCGAGAAGCAGGCGAAUGAAGCAAUAUCUGAGGAACCGCCUCAAGCUGCUCGGGAUGUCAUUGCCAUGCCCUCUGUAGAUGACAUUUUGCCUCCAGCAACACUGAAAGCCGGAUCACCAAAGGCCGGGUCGGUUGCGAUGAAAAUCAAAGAAGCAGAGAGCAAAGCUUUGCGUCAAGCAGAGGGCGCUGCGGCAGCGAAGGACAAUGCAGAGAUCGAAGCAUUGCUUGAAAAGCAAUCGCGAAGAGGGGGUCGUCUCCUCAAGAAAGAUCAAAAACGCCUUGCCACCCUUCAGGAGAACGUAGCUCAAAGGACAGAGGCACAAGCUGCCCGCGACCCUCCACCGCAAGCUGCCCAGGAGCCUACCAAUUCGACAUCUGCCGAUGUAGAUGUCCAGAAGCCUUCCGAAGUGAGCGCGGAAUCAGCCCAGCCAACGGAAACUCGUGACAUAGAUAUUCCCCAGGAUACGGCCCCAGUCAAUGAAGCGACUGUUACUACUGAGAGGCAGAUUGAUAUUAGUGAAACACAACCAACAGAAACAUCGGGUGAAGCUGAGACAGUGGGCGCGGGUUUAUUGAACGAGGCCACAGAAAUCUUAACAGAUGUGCCCUCGGAGAAAAAGCCUAUGGAUGACGAGACCACCACUGAUACGGCACCAGCUGCAGAGCCCCAGGAGAAAACAGUUGUCGACAAUGAGGUAAUGGAGCCAGAGAUCAGUAAGAAGUCCGAGAAAAAGCAAAAGCGAAAAUCUGUAUCCUUCUCCGAGAACGGGGGAUCGCAGGAUCCAGCAACAGAGAAUACCGAUACUCGCAUAUUGGCAACUGAACCCGAACAGCUUGAUCAAACUGUUGUCAACACUGAGGACACUCCUGCACAAGCGGAACUUGUUCCCGAAGAGGCUCCUGCUACUCAAGAUAUGCCCCAAGUCCUGGCCCCUGAGGACGCACCUGUGGAUGUGCAAUCAUCAGAUGCAGAAGAAACCGAGGCGCCCCCGUUGAAAAACCCUGAAGUUCCUUUGGCCGAGAACACGACUGCUGAGAGCCAGGCUGAGGGACCUUCGGAUGUUACCUUGGACAAGGCCGAAUCAGAGCCUGCCUCUGAGAAAAAGAGCAAGAAAAAGAGGAAAAAGAAGAAGGACACCUCUACAGAUGAACCAGAGAAGCAACCUGAAGCCGAGUCCUCAAAUGAAGCGACUUCUGAGUCCACAUCUAAGGUUUCUGACGAUGCCAAGGAUAGUAUUGGGCAAGAAGCAUCUUCCGGUACACCUAACCCAACAGACCCAGUCGACGAUGAGACUGCAGAAGCGUCUCCUCUUCCCCUGGGAUCUGAAGCAGCGAACAUUUCUUCUGAAAUUCUCCCGACAAACAAUGAGCAGGCACAACCAGCUGAUGGUGAGAAACCUGUAGAAAUCUCUCCUUGCCAGAAGCCAGCGUCAGCCAUCGAGGCUUCUGAAGCACCAGGUGCCGUAGUCCCCGAGCAAACCCCCACCGAACAACCUGUUGUGCCGAACAUCGAAGAACCCGAAUCCCCUGCAAAACUGUCCAAGAAGGAUAAGAAGAAGAAGAAGAAAAAGGCAGACAAGAAGAAGGCUGCACUUGAAGAAGAAUCCAAGGAGCCUAAAUCCGAGCCUACUACUUCUUUCGAAAAAGGCGAAGUUGAAGUCGAACGCGAAACAGCCGAGCACACGGCCGAAGAUCCCAAAGUCACGCGUGACGAGACGUCUGAGCAGACCGAUUCUAAAGAAACUCCCAAGGGAGACAUCAUUUUGGAGGGCGAGAUUGCCACACCAGCCAACGAAGCCAAAGUGCCAGACACCGGUAAUUCCGGAGAACUUCCUAGCGAAGAACCAGCUAGUCCUGAAGACGAGCGGGGUGGGUUUAGCCUCAGUCAAUCCCAGACCGACCAAAAGAACAAGGCUAAAGACAGCGAUUUUGAAAUCGUGCAGGACAUCAAGACCAAUCAUCCAACGCAGCCGGAGACGGUAAGGCAGGACGCGGCCGCCGCCGUCGUGGAUGAGGCCCAGAGCCAAGGAUCUUCUGAAGGCACACAAAGACAGGAGGACAAGACUGUAGCUGUUCAUCUUGAUCCUCCUGUUGAGCCUGAAACAAAGCUGGAGUCGGGAUUGGGAUUGGGAAAGGAAAAGGAAAAGUUGGACGAUGACGAGGAGUUUGCUGGCUUGUCGAAGAAACAAAUCAAGAAGUUGAAGAAAGCUCGAGCUCUGGCAACCCCAGAAUCUUCAGUUGAAGCAGAGAUGCCAAAGGAAAGUGGAACCUCACUGGAGGAGGCAGCGACGCCUGCAACUGAAGCUGGUACAGAGUCUGAGCCAACCCCUCAAACUUGUGCCGAAUCUGCGGCUGAAACCACCACCGGGGCAGAGCAAGAGCUUGGUUACGAGACCAUGAAUGAUCCACUCCCUGACAUUGAGGAGACUGUACCUAUAAUUGAGCCUGAUUUUGAAGCUGAACUCGAGUCCAAAACUGAGAAUCAAUCUUUGGACAACACCGAUAUCCAACCUGCGACAGAGAGAGCUGAUGACGAACCCGACGUUGAUGCCGACUUGCAAACAAGACAACCCAAGUCUGAUGGACAGACAACUUCCGAGCAGGAUAUCAUUGUUCCUGUGCCGGAAGUUGAUUCUGGAGACAAUUUAACUGAUGUCCCUGACAAGAGCUCAAGUACUAACCUUCCAGCUGAGCAUCAAGUUGUGAAGAAGCCAGAUUCCUCUCGCGUAGAGGACGCGACUGAGCCACCACAGAUGCUUGGAGAACCCGCUGAGAACAUUCAAGAUUCACGCUCGAUCAUUGAGGUGGAAACGGGGCCUAUUAUCCCAGACAAACUUGAGCAGACUGAUGUGACUACCGAAGACAUCCCAUCCUCAUCGCCAGACAUGGCAGAAAAAACCACAGAGGCGCAGAUUCCCAUGGAAGCGGAACUUCCAAAGCCGGUGGAGAUCAACCAGCCACUUGAGGAGGUACUGACCGAUGCUCCCGCCGAAAGCAUGGAUGAAAACGCCCCUGAGAAGGCUAUGCAAAGCCCCCACGAGCCUAUCCUGCAGUCACUGGGAGACCCUACACAGUCGUCAAAUCAUGAAACUGUCGAGCUAGAGGCCAUUUCUGAGCCUGCUGCUCCAGUUGAGACUACACCAGCAUGUGAUACUCAACCCUCGUCUACAGAUGCAACAAAAUUGGCGGAACAAACGCCUCUAGACCUUUUGCCGUCGUCAGACCUUUUCUCCUCUACACCAGUCCUACCCGCAGAUCCUAGUAGCCCCCAACAGCGUGUGAGUGAACCUACAGAGCCUGAAUCAACGGAACGAGACCUUUCCAUCACCAUCGACGAAACGGGCCCCUCGUCUGUUGCCCCUGAUAUUGUCACGAGCGAGGACACUGUGAUUCCUGAUACUCAGACUGUACCCGUUUCAGAGGAGUCGGAUAAGUCAGUGGAAAGUAAUGUUGAGAAGCAAUUGGAGGAAACCUCGCAGCCUCAUGAGCCAAAUUCUGUCUUGCAGCCUGUCGUUACAGGUAGUCUGAUGGCUCCUGUGGACUCUCCUCUAAAUGAAAAGCCAAUCGAGGACACUAGUCCUUCGUCUUAUCCUACCACUGAUGUUGCUUCUGUUCCCGAACCAGAGCAAGCACCAGAAGAGGAGACUGAAGCCAACCAAGACAUUUCAAACGAGGCCGCCAUUGACAAGGCAAGGGAAGAAUCUGUACAACUGACGAAGGAGAAGCCGGCCGUACCCGUUGUUGAACGCCAACAACAGCCAGUUUCCCAUGACCAUCCUCUUGACAGUUCUACGUCUCAGAGCGACCGGCAAGUGACGGACGAUAGAUACAACGAGAAGGCCCAGUUCUUCAAAGAGGAUGCAGAAAGGGAGGUCUUUGAGGAAAGCGGACCGAGCGAGACCAAUGUUCAAGAAGAACCAGAGGCGACACAGGAUACCGUCCUUCCUCAAAUCGAAUCUAUGACGGAGGAUAUUGUCCCAGACACUGCUGCACUGCCAGAUUUCUCGGCGAAUCCAUCAUCCGAGUUGGUGGACACCCCUGGUAUCAAUGAGCCUGAAAAGUCGGAACGUGGUGAGAAUGAGUUUACAACUGAAGAAUGGCAAUCUCUCGCUGGCAAGGAGAAAAAGAACAUCAAGAAAAAGUUGAAAAGGAAAGGCCUCGACCUGAUCAUCCAAGAUUCCUUUCAGCCAACAACUUCUGGUAGCGAAGCCUUGCCUGAAACCGACACUGAACCAGAGCUUGUUCUCACUCAGCCAGAAGACCUCACCGCCAGAGUCACCGAAGCUGAAGCGCAGACCGAGAAAAGCCAGGAGGCAUCCGUAAACAAGACAUCUGAUAAGUUUGCUUCUAGCCCAAGUGACAGCAACUUUGUUGGCACAAAGGAGGAUCUCGAGAACGACGCGACAAGGGAGCAGGCCGAACCCACAAGCCAAACCACAGCCGGUCAAAAGAACAUCCCUACUGAGUCACCUCCGUCGCAAGAGACGACACUGGUCACUGAAGUCAAGUCAGAUAAGCAAGAGAUUGCGGAGGGUCAUGUUGUUUCUCCUUCAGAAGGCAAAGAUAAGGAGACGGCGGAACUCGAAGGCAAAGAUGAGGCUGAAGUGCCAGUCACAGUCAAAACCCCAGAUGAAUUCGAAAUGCCGCCAUUUUUCGAAGAACCCCAACAUAGAUCUGGGUCACAACAAGAUCUCCCUGUUCCUUCGACAGCCAAGAACGAAACCAGCCAAGAAGCGGAAACCGAUGUGACGCCUGUCGAGUUGAUUUCGGAAACAAAGGCCGAGCCACCAACAUCACAUGAACCUGGCUACCGAGUCACAACACCUCCGCCUGCGAUUGAAGUCCCGGAAUCUCAGCAUCCAGAACGCCUGUCUCCAAAAUCAAUCACGGAGACCGGAGGCGCGCGAGAAACCCAUGCAGAUAUAAUUGCUGGCUCAGGCUCCGGGGAAUCCACAGCACCAUCCAACCAGACGCCUGUUGUUCAGGAGUCUUUUGUGGCCGAAGAACGAUCAGAACUCUCGCCGAAAAAGAGUAAAAAGACAGCGAAGAGUCGCAAAUCUGGCCCAAGUGAAGCCAAGACUCAAGCCCCUGGCGGCGAGACAAGCAAUGAAGUCGGCAAUGAUGUACAACAAGAAACUCGCCCUUCCGUGGAGGAUACGCAGAAACUUGAAAAGAACGACAAAGGUCAGGAUCAACCAGACAACAUCAUGACCUACCUACCAGCAAGUCAGAUGCCGCCAUCUGUAGAGGUUGUUCACCCAGCUCUUGAUACGCGAGAUACUUUACAGAAACACGAGGGCCAAAAAGAAAACCAAGAAGCCACUCCUACUAUCGACGACACUAACUCUCAGAUCCUUGACGAAAUGGCUCCAGCUUCCAGAAAUCUCGAAGCAGCAGAGCAUACACAAAUUCAGCCGGAAGAAAGUACUACUGAAAAAAGAGAACCAACAUCAGAUGCAACUGGGGAAGGCCGUGAGAACACAGUCGCGACACUUGACGCACAUGCUGAAGGAAGACCGGGCGAGACUGAGCGAAAUGCGAACAUCGUACCUUCUGAAGACAAAAAGCAGAAGAAGAGGGCCAAGAAGAACUCUGGUACUGCUGGCGCCGAAGUCACCGAUUCAAACAACGGUCGCCUAAGCUUGGAAUCUAUCCAGAUUUCCGACGAGCAACAAGACAAGCUGAAGCCUGCGGAUAUGUCAACGGUCGACCGUUUCGGCCAACAGACACAGGACGAACUUCUCGAGCCUCCCAAACCUGAUAAGGACAACUCCCCAAGGAAUGUCUCAGAGAAGUCCACCUCCGGAUUGCCAACAUCCACGUCAAAAACCACCUUUGAAGAUAUUGUAAAGGAGAAGCCCGGCAAUGACGUUUCCAAGCCCAUCAAGUCACCUGGCAGACCAAGCAAAAGUAAGACCACAGCACAGCCAGAGGGCAUUGCCAGCUCAAUCUUUUCCAUGGCCAGCUCGUUCUUUUCCCAGAAGGACAAGAAGAAACGAAAGGGCGAGAUCACUGGCUCACCUGGAUCAGGGCCGGCAUCGCCUAUUGAAGAAGGCCGCGAAACCCAACACAUGCCGUCACAACCUUCCAAAAGUGAAGUCCGCUCAACACCAAACGAUGUGUUAGUUGAGCAUAGCCAGCCAAACAAGCAGGGGUUCACUUUCAGUACGCCUGAAACCCCGAAACAAUUCGAUCAAGUUAGAGAGCCUGUCACACUGGUGGAGCAAGAUGCAGUUGAACGUGAUUCAUCGCCUGCUUCAAAGAUAGAUGGGAAGAAUGGCAUGAAAAUAGACACCAUCCAACCCUCCAAGGACAGUGUCACCAUGGAUGCAUCUACAAACCUCAAAGAAACUGUCCCUGUCGUCGACAGAACCCCCAAUACUGCCGGUGAUGGUUUGAAGGCAGAGCAAGCUGCGGAAAAGGCGGAGACUGCAACUCGCCAACCGGCGGAGCAGGAGCCAAACACUGUACAGGACCCCCCUAAACAGUCAUCGAAGAAGGACAAGAAAAAAAAAAAGAGGGAGCAGAAGAAAGCUGAAGAUGAAGCCAAAACGACAGGAGAGGCCCUGACUGUAACGCCUUCUUAUUCAACAGCCACUGACCAGCCCAUGGAAAGCAACCAUGAUACAAAGCCACUUGGGUUUUCUACUUUGCCGCCGAACCCCGAAGUUUCUAUGCAGCCAACAUCUGACAUGCCCCAGAGUGCGGACUUUUCUCAACUUGGAGCCGAAGACAUUAAACAGCAAGGCCACGAGUUACAGAUGAACAAACAGGACCUUGAGAAACCGGAGCCUGACUCACCAAUAGGAUCCACAACCAAUGGUGAUGCGAAGCUCGAAGAUGAAGACGGCCAGACAUCAUCUGCUGUCAAACAACCACAGUCUAUCGUCGAAGGACCCUCAAUAGCUCAUGUAUCAAGCACAACUCUAGAAAGCAGGGAAAAUGCUGCAGUGGACCUUGACACCCCCACCAAAGCCAAGGAUUUGUUGAUGAUAGUCGAGCCUCCUCUGGCAAGUCCUGUCGAUGAAUCCAUGGCCCAACCUGCAGUGCCACAUGUCCCUGAAAGCCAAGCCACUGGCCAUCUUCCUCUCGAUCCCCAGUCAACUUCUGCUAUCCCCAUACAGGUAGACAAUGUCAACACCACCUCGGACUCGUAUUUGUCGAAGAGGGAAAAGAAGAAGGCGAAGCUAGCUUUGGAAAAGGAACUUGCAAAGGAUCAUCAGGCCUCUGACACACCAGAUGCCGAGUCUUUUCAGGCCAACAAUACGCUGAAAUUGAAGAAAACAGCCAUUAAAGCGAACGAUCAAGAUAUUGAGGGCGGCACUGAACCCGUUGAAGAAAAAGGGUUAAAGAAGGGCAAAAAGGCUCAGCGUGAAACUGGAAGUCCCAUCAUCACUCCAGGCGACAGGAAGCUUGGUGCUCCAUCGGUAGUGGAACCAACACAGCCUGUGACAGUGCCUGGCCAAGAUAGGACCAAAGCUGAAUCUGAUUUAGCAACAAUCGUUGAGCCUUCUGGGAAAGAGAGUUUGCCCAAGGCAGUAUCAGACAUCUUCACAUCCGGACCAGACGCUUUGACAGAGUCUCCAAUGACCGCCGCUCCUGUCGCGAUACCCCAAGAACCUGGUGUGAUCCUACCCGAAGAGAAGUCCCAUAUGCUUCCUCUACCCCCCCAGGAUACGCAUAUGAGCACAGACGACCGAUCUUCGAAACCUGCUUUAGCUCCUUCACCGAGUUUCAAGAACGAUACAACUCGCGCGGGAGUUGGAUUUGAUGAUGCGCCUACUGCGAGUACGAAAGAGAAGAAGAAGCGCCGGAAGGGCUCAGAGCAGGCUAUGUCACCCCCAGAGUCUGUACCUCAUGUUUCGCCAGGUGUCUUGACCGAGACAGAUACACGACCAGCCAAGACUCAGAAAAGUGUAGGUGAUCGUACAGCCACUGUGGGGGAUAAACGACCAGGCAAGCCCGAAACAUCUAUUUUUGCUAGAGUUACGGCAGCUGCAGCCGCUGCAUGGGGUACUAAGAAGGCUAGUGACAAGACAAUGAAGGAACAGGCACAGGAUGAGCGGAAGGACGGAGAAGGGAGGUCAGCAGACAGAGACAGUACUCAAGACGAGCGUGGCGAGCGAGGUUCAACUGACAGAAAAACGACGACCAAGGCCGACUCGUACGACAUCAAGCCGCCAACUACGGAAACCACCAAGGAAACUGGUAAUGAAUCCAAGGACAAUGGAAGAAAUGCUACUGGGGAUUUGACAAACGAGAUCAAGACCCCUGAGAAAAGGCUGAAAUCUUCAAAAGGCACUAAGAGCGCCAGACAAUCAGCAGACGAACCCAAGCAGCCAGAACGACAAGGUGGAACGGCUAGAUCACACGGGUCGACUAGAGAUGCUCCUGUCAAGUACGAACAAGACGACAAGAACAAAUUACGAAGAUCGCGGCCGGACGACUUGGACGAUGUGGAGAGUCCCGUUCUCGGGCGUGGCGAUUCAGAGUUAUCGAGAGGGUCGCCGCAAAAGCUGUUACGCCGUGACUCUGGCGUAGAUGAGCCCAGAGGUGGCCUAUUACGAGAAGACAGCACGACAAUCACGCCAACACUGGGCAUGGAAUCCGACAUCAGCGACAUAUUAAGGUCGCCAAGCAGGCUUUUAGAGCCGGUCCUUGAGGUUCCUGAGGCGGAAAUGGAAUCAACCAGGGGUGCAUUCUCACCACCACCCCAGGUCAGACGAAACAGCGGCCCUGUUGGUGACGCAUCGAGUUUUCAGAGACGGAGCAGACGCCUGAGUGAAGAAUCCAGGCGUGAUAGUGUUGCAGGAGAAAGGCCAACUUUGAGACGAAGCAAACCUCGCAGUCCAGAACCAUUUCGCGACAGCGGAAUAGAGACCGAGGGCUGGGAACAUCCCCAACCAAUUUUAGACCGUACGGUCAUGCAAACUCCCGAACCAAAGCCCGAGCGAAGACUCCGUCGCUCUCCUCGAGGCACGCCGGUAUUACGAGAGCCCACUGUACCGGGACCAACUCCAGAGCCUGAGAAGAAGAAACAAUAUGGAAUCCUUACACCAGUAGGCGCUACCGUUACAGCGGGUGCGGGUGCGGGCCUAGCGUCAACGCUAUCUAGAUCUGGGCCUGGGCCUUCAACAUCUUCUUCAACUCCUACUCGAACGCCCACUCCAGGUUCCAACUCGAACUCUAACCCUGCAGCAUCAUAUGCUGGCCAAAGAAGUUUCUCCGACAAUGCAAGUCCUAUUCGGCGAUCAACUCCUCGCCUUGAAAGCGCGGGACGUCGGGCUGUCUCUAACACGAGUCUCUCCCGUCGUCGAACUCCAGAGCCGCUUAAUUCCAGGCCUGAAAGCCCAGGCAUCAACCGGUCGUCAGGCACCCCCACUCCACCGCUACGCCGCGCCGAUAAGCGAAUGAGCGGUGAUCUGCGGUCUAUACGUCAACAAAACAACACCGCUACCGCUACCGUAACAGCGCCUGUCAGCUCCACGCCCGUCGCAAAUGAGGGUCGUGCCCGUGCCACCAAGGACAUGGCCGACGUCUACGAUGGCUUCGGUGAGGGGCGCAUCGGCUCACCUCGAUCGCCCACUAGGCCUCACAGCAUGCGCCGCCGACAGAGCAUGCAGGUCCUCGAACUCGAGAAUAGGGUUGAGCAGCUAAUGGCUGAGAACCGAAUGCUCACAGAAGCUCGUGCUAUGGCUGAGACAAGUUUGAGCCAACGCGCUGCCAACAGUCUCGCCGAGCGCGAUUCCGAGAUCGAUAACCUGAAGCAAUCGUUACAGUUCCUCCAGAACGAGGUUUCUCGACUUACCGAAGUUAACGACGGCCUUGCCAGCGCCAACACUGAGCUCGCCAAUAAAGACACCGGUCGUGUAGCCGACCUCGAGAGCCGCAACGCGGUUGUCGCGCGUGAAUUGGAAGAGGCCCGCCGUGUCAAAGGAACCACUGAGCAGUCCCUUGAAGAGAAAGACGCUGAGAUUGCCGAUCUUCGAGCCCAACUCGACACCGCCAAAGAAAAGAUUCGCGAAUUGCAACGUCAAAUACUUGAGGCCAAAGCCCAUGACGACCACUUCCUCAACAUUCGUGACGAGGAUCACUUUGAUCACCGCUGCCAACAACUUUGCUCGCACGUUCAACAGUGGGUGCUGCGGUUUUCCAAAUUCUCAGACAUGCGUGCUUGUCGCUUGACAAAUGAGAUCAACGAUGAGAAAACAAUCGACCGACUCGACAAUGCCGUACUUGAUGGUUCCGACGUCGACGUUUACCUUCGGGACCGUGUAAAACGACGUGACAUUUUCAUGUCCAUGACCAUGAACAUGAUCUGGGAAUUUGUCUUCACCCGCUACCUGUUCGGCAUGGAUAGAGAGCAGAGACAGAAGCUCAAGUCAUUGGAGAAAUUAUUGACUGAGGUCGGUCCUCCUGAAGCUGUGCGCCAAUGGCGUGCCGUUACUUUAACACUACUGGCGAAGCGCGAAAGCUUCAAACGCCAGCGCGACCUGGAUACAGAGGCCGUUGUUCAGGCCAUCUUCCAGACGCUAUGCAAGAUCCUUCCACCGCCGACAAACCUGGAAGAUCAAAUUCAAUCUCAGCUACGACGCGUAAUGAGAGAGGCCGUUGGUCUCUCGAUUGAGAUGCGUACGCAGAAAGCUGAAUACAUGAUGUUGCCACCUCUGCGACCCGAGUACGAUGCAGACGGUGAGCUUACCGCCACAGUCCAAUUCAACGCAUCAAUGAUGAACGAGCGAAGUGGUAGCAUUACUACCUCGAACGAAGACCUUGAGGCUCAAGGCGCGAUUGUCAGAGUCGUCUUGUUCCCACUUGUCGUCAAGAAAGGAGACGACAAUGGGAAGGGCGACGAAGAAAUCGUCGUGUGCCCAGCCCAAGUUCUGGUCCCUCGCUCCAGGCUGUUCCCUGGAGCAAGUGACGGCGGAAGUACCUCUAUCGGCGCACGCAGUCAUAUUAGCCUUGUGACUGAGACAAUGGGCCAAACCGAGGUGGACUAUUAG